CAAAUUUUCAACAGUUUUCCAUGGAAAUCUGUCUAUCGAUAGGGGGAUUGUACGAACCCAUAGCGCAUGACCGCAGUGGUAGCUUUGACGUCACCAGGACGAAGGACACAACAAACCCCCGCACAGUAAGCACGCAACAAACUGACCGAAAACAAGCGCUUGACAUUUGGACACCGCCAUGAAGCUAACACUGCGACGCUACUCCUGGGUGCUCUUCUUUCAGUUUGCCCUUCUGGGAGUGGAUCUCUUUUGCCACGCCUUUGGUCCUUCGCUGGCCAGAAACCGAUUGCAGACAGCCAUAAUUCUCUUUGUCACUCAGGAUGCCCUGAUUAUCGCGGAGUACCUGCUGUUCACCCUCGCGCUCCACUCGACGUGUGUAUACCAGGUCGGCGCCUCGCACAUAAUCCUGCGGAACUGCAAGCUCUUCAUGGCCAGCAUUACCAUCUAUUUCCUUCUGUCCGCCUCCCAGCACUUCUGGAUCAUCUACCAAUACCGUCAGCCGCCAGAAGAGGACGGUCAUCAUUGGCCAUUGGGUCUGUUUGCCCUAUCAGUGGCACAGCGCAUCAUGUCGGUAUUCUAUUACUACAGCUCCAAGUCGACGGCUCUGACCAUGGCAGAUCCUCGCUUUAAGGAGGAGCAUCUUGACUGGAUCGCAGAUCAGCUGGGCGAUAAGUAAGACGCCGGUUAAGUGGACACUUCGAUGAGUGAGUCAGGAUAAGAAGUGUAAUGUAUAUAGAUAGAUAUAUGCUAGAGAUAGAUGAAGAUAUCCGAUUUAAAACAGAAAUGAAAAACCACUAUGCCGGAAUUAUCAAGUAGAUAGUACACUAACAGAUAAGUCGAAAAUAAAUCCGACCGAGUUUAUGACUCACAUGUGAAUUUUCUUUCAUUAGCAAACAAAAUUCCUUGACAAUAUUGUAGUUCUUUUGUUCCCAAAAAUAUGAUGUAUGUGUAAAUAAAAGUAAAUAUGUAUUAUCCACUUACUGAUACCAACUAUAACUCAUCUAACAACAAAUGAAACAAGUUAGACGAUUUAACUUUGUAAUAUAUGAAAUAUAUUGCAAGGACUUCAAAAAAUAAUAACCUCUAUAUUUAUAAAUAUUUACAUUUAAAUCGUGGUACAGCACCAUUUCUUAUUGAUUGAAAGCUCUAGCCUAAGUUAAUAAAACUAAUCUGACAUUAAAUAA